AUGCAAGCUAUCGCCAAAAAUCUUUCCAAUAUGUAACGAUCCGGGCGUUUUUUAUUUUUACCUUUUGCCGCUAGCUUUUGCGCGACUUUAUUUCAUUUAUCCCUCAAGCACGUAGAAACCGGUUUGUUUCUAGUUUUUAUCUUAAUGUGACUUGUAUAAUUAGAGCCAUUUCACGCCAUUUCAUCGAUACUUAGCGACCUUUCGUCGUAAGACUUAUAUCGGCUUCUACGAUCUCCUAGUUUUACCGAGUUUGAGAUACAUGAUCUUGGUAGCGUCAAAUGCUGAUAACAAAUAAUUAAAAAAAUCACUCCUUUUAAUUCGAUGUGCAUUACGGUAUAUUUUACUCUUAAAUUGUUUACAGGAUUUUUUGUUGAAGUGAUUGGUUGAGCUUUGACGUGCGCUCUGAAGUGUCUUAGAAUAUUACUCGCGCGGACGAAAGGUUUUUUCCGCUUGCUCUAUCGGAUGCCAAUUGGAUGAUAUUGAUGAUAUAUUAACUUCAAGGAGAUCUAACAUCUAGAAAACCCUCCGAUCUGAAUUCGAGUAAGUCAUUUUUGUAUGUCUAUCGCGGUGCAAGGAUCGUGACAAAGUCCUACUAGUGAGAAGAAAAUGUGAUACGCUUAUUUUACGAGUGAAGCGUUCGCACUUGUAUUUAAGAGGCACCGCAUACGUGGGUUUCCAAAAAUGUGCCUGUCGAUAUGAUUAUUGGACGACACAGAGAAACUGAUGAGAGUGGAGUUGGUCGGUGAUAGACUCGAUUCUUCUUGAAACAAAGUUUCCUCGAAAGGGAAGGAUACUUUUUAAGUUAAUAAUAUACUCGAGGAAAGGAAAACGUAUUGAAGUAGGAACCAACGCUCUACAGAAUGAAUGGAACUGAGCAGCGUAACCUUACCGGCCCGCCCUCUAAGGUACUGACCACAAGAGAAGAAGUUUAUAUAGCCUUGCACACAAUUGCAGCGUUUUUUUCUCUGACCGGAAACUGCCUCGUGGGAGUUGUCUUCAUCCGGAACAAUGGUGGGCGUGUGCGCAAUACAAACAACGCGCUGCUCAUCAACCUGUCCGCGGCCGUCAUCCUAUACACAUGCAACAACUACACCAUGACAAUCCACAGCAUUGUGCGUGGACAGAUGAGGUGGGAGCUGAAGGGGUUGAUCGGGGAAAUUACUUGUCGACUGGAGCUCGUCCUCAUGUACGCGCUAUUCCUGUCGUGUCAUCUCAGCGUCUUGACGAUCGCGAUUGAGCGGUUCUUGAUUGUCUGUUUCCCGCUCAGUUGGAUUGUCACGAGCACGCUCAUCAAGGCUAUGAUCGCUAGCACCUGGUUGGGCAGUUUGUUACUUUACUCGCCGUUUUUGUAUCUCGGGAAUGUACGACAUGUGUACGGGAUGACUCGUUGCUUUGUGCGUUUCGUGCCGGAUAUCACCACGCCGUUUUUCAAGGUGGAGCUGGCUGUGCUAUUGGCGGUGAUCGUGGCGCUGCUGCUGAUAUACCUGGUUAUUCUAUGCCGCUUGUACACAAGAAACGUACCUGGACAGCCACUUCACGCGCAGCGGCGAAUGUCCAACCGUGUCAACCGUAAGGUAACCCAGCGCGUGGCCCUGAUCCUGGUUCUUUUCUAUAGCUGUUGGCUACCCUUCAACCUGCUAAACGCGUUUCACUUCGCGGACAAGCUGGAGAUAGUCAUGCACCCGGCGUACUCCUUCAGCGUCGAGUUCUUGCCGUUCCUGUACGGCGCUCUCUGCCCGUGGAUCUUCCCGCUGCUCCACGAAGACUUCCGGCAAGGCAUGAUGGUCCUUUUGUGCUGCAACCGACGUCGCCGGAGAACCAGCGUGUGUCAGAUGCAAAUGAGCCGUAGUCACGUGUCUAACUCUGUGGCCGUGCCUAACGGUCAGGUAACCACUCUGUCAAUCAUACAAUAAGUGGGCGGGCGCCUGUGACCUUGCCUAACGGUCAGGUAACCACGCUGUCAAUCAUACAAUAUAGUCCAAGCAUUCUGUAGUUUGAUCCGGAAUUAAUUCCCACAAAAGCGUUCUCUU